CAGUCUGCCUAACAGCAUAAGUCCUAACCGCGAUAAAAUUCUAGCAGAAGAAAAGAAGCAGUACACACACACACACACACACACACACACACUCUCUCUCUCUCUUUUUUAUGACGACAGAUUCAACCAGGAAAGAGAAAUGUCGUUAAUGAGCUUUUUACCCGUUCCAACUCAGCUGUCUCAAGACCAGCUUGAGGCAGAAGAAGUCCAGAGGUCCCAUUCCACAGCACUGGUGUUAACCCGCAAAGAACCUCCUCCUUAUGGCUCCCGAAAGGGAUGGGUGCCCCGCACUGCUGAGGACUUCGGUGAUGGUGGUGCCUUCCCGGAGAUCCAUGUGGCUCAGUAUCCACUCGAAAUGGGCAGAAAGAAGAAAACCUCCAACGCCCUUGCCUUACAGGUGGACGCAGAGGGGAAGAUCAAGUAUGACGCGAUUGCACGUCAAGGACAGGGAAAGGAUAAGGUCAUAUUUAGCAAAUAUACAGAUUUACUUCCGAAGGAAGUGCUUCAUGACGAUGCUCCCGAACUGCAGAAACCUGAUGAGGAAGCAGUUAAAGAGCUCACAGAAAAGACCAGAGCUGCUCUAGAGAAGCAGGUAUCACAGAAGAUAGCUGCCGCCAUGCCUGUACGAGCAGCAGAUAAACAGGCUCCGGCUCAGUACAUACGGUACACACCUUCGCAGCAGGGCGUAGCGUUUAACUCUGGGGCCAAGCAAAGGGUCAUCCGUAUGGUGGAGAUGCAGAAAGACCCGAUGGAGCCACCACGGUUUAAGAUUAAUAAGAAGAUUCCUCGAGGCCCACCAUCUCCUCCUGCUCCAGUCAUGCACUCUCCCAGCAGAAAGAUGACUGUGAAAGAACAACAAGAAUGGAAGAUUCCUCCCUGCAUUUCUAACUGGAAGAACGCCAAGGGUUACACAAUCCCACUGGACAAGCGUCUGGCCGCUGAUGGACGAGGUCUCCAGACAGUUCACAUCAACGAGAAUUUCGCCAAGUUAGCCGAAGCUCUCUACAUUGCAGACAGGAAGGCACGAGAAGCGGUGGAGAUGCGUGCUCAGGUGGAGAAGAAGAUGGCACAGAAAGAAAAGGAGAAAAAGGAGGAGAAGCUCAGGGAACUGGCAAAGAUGGCCAGAGACAGGAGAGCAGGGAUCAAAAGCCACGGAGACAAAGGUGGUGAUGACGGUGAGGUUAGGGAGCGUGACGAGAUCCGCCAUGAUAGGAGGAAGGAGAGGCAGCAUGAUAGGAACAUCUCCAGAGCUGCUCCUGAUAAGAGGUCUAAACUGCAGCGGGACCAGGACCGAGACAUCAGUGAGCUGAUCGCCCUGGGUCAGCCCAAUCCACGUAUCUCUAGCGAGGCUCAGUAUGAUCAGCGCCUCUUUAACCAGAGCAGGGGCAUGGACAGCGGCUUUGCAGGAGGAGAGGAUGAGGUAUAUAAUGUAUAUGACCAACCCUACGGGAGAGGCAGAGACAUGGCGCAGAACAUCUACAGGCCCAGCAAGAACACCAGCAAGGAUAUGUACGGAGAUGACCUGGACACGCUCAUUCAGAACAACAGGUUUGUUCCUGAUCGGGAGUUUUCUGGUACGGAUCACGGCCCACGUAGGGAUGGACCUGUCCAGUUUGAAGAAGAUCCUUUCGGUCUGGACAAGUUCUUGGAAGAGGCCAAGCAACACGGCGGCUCCAAGAGGCCAUCAACCGCCGGGCGCUCAAAGGACUAUGAUCAUGAGAAGAAGCGCAGGAAGGAGUGAGCAGCAGCGCCGCCUGGGCGCGUUAGUUUAGAACUCACACCAGCUUUCAAGGUCAAGCCAUAAGGAAUAGCAAGAUAUACCAGGUGUCUUAUGUAUUAAAAACAUUUCUGUUUCUAACAGCAAAAUGUCAAUACAAUCAGCCACCAACUAUAUUAGUGACCCGAAGCUGGCCCCUGGCACAGUUACACAUUCUCUUGAUAAAUUUUGUAUAAUAAAAGUUGUGAAACGAUUUACAAAGCAAACACGCUCGCUGUGAAUAACUUGCUUGUGUUCUGUAUUUUUAACCCUUUACUUUUCCCCCCUUCUUGUUUUCCGUUCUGUUCCCUCUGCUGCUGAAAUUCUAGUACUGCAAACUAGCCCUCUGAAAUACAUGAUGGUCCUUUUUAUAAUUAUUUUAAGCAGCAAAGUGAGUUAGAUGAUCUGUUUGGGCUUCUGUUGUGGAAUAAAUCGGUCAUAUUCAAUUUCCAGAUGGACAAGA